ACCCCAAAUUGUUUCACUCGCCCUGUAAAUUGAAAUUAUCGCGAUUCUUCGGUUCACCAACUAUUUUGUUUUCCUUGGUUUCUGGCAGAGAAAUUGAACCUUAUAACGCCAGAGAACCGUACGGAGGCUCGUUUUUCGUUGUCGUUUUCUAUUGUCUAGAGAAUUGCUGCAUCCAAAACGAUGUCGACGUCAAAGAAGAUUACCCUGAAGAGCAUCGAUGGAGAGGCGUUUGAGGUGGAUGAGGCGGUGGCUUUGGAAUCGCAAACGAUCAAGCCCAUGAUCGAGGAUGAUUGCGCCGAUAACGGAAUCCCUCUGCCUAAUGUGACAAGCAAGAUCUUGGCUAAGGUGAUUGAGUACUGCAAGAAGCACGUCGAGACUCCCAAGUACGAUGAUCGGAGCAACGGCGGCGCAGAUGAUGAGCUUAAGAACUGGGACGCUGAGUUUGUCAAAGUUGAUCAAGCCACCCUGUUUGAUCUCAUUCUGGCUGCCAACUACUUGAACAUAAAGGGGUUGCUGGACCUGACGUGCCAGACUGUUGCAGACAUGAUCAAGGGGAAGACGCCUGAUGAGAUCCGGGAGAUAUUUAAUAUCAAGGAUGACUUUACCCCUGAGGAGGAGGAAGAACUUCGUCGGGAGAACCAAUGGGCAUUUGAAUGAAGUGGUUCUAUAUUUAAUCAGCAAUUAUGGAAUAUUUUGGGUGGAUUAUGUGGUUAAAUACUAAACAAACUUUGUUGCUUUAUCUCAUCUGUAGACCAGUGAUUAGACCUAACCCUUCACUCAUUGUUCUGAACUUGUGGACACAUUUCAAUUACUGUUAUGAACUUCUGGGCACAUUUAAAUGUAAAUAAUGCUCGGAUUCUCUGGCGUGUAAUCAAUCUCUCUGCUGGUUAUCCACGAGAUGUGUUUCAGUGGUCUUUGCCUUUUACAUGUAUUUUGUCCUCCACAGUUAUACAUGCAUGUAGGAAAUUAUUAUG